AUGAAGGAGGCCAGUGCAAAUCUGAAAAUAACCUCAUGGAACAACUAUUCUCAAGCUAGUGCAUAUAGGACUGGUCAUGCUAAAUAUGAGAAAAUCCAUAAUGGAGAGAAACAUUUUGAAUACUAUCCACGUGGCAAAGACUUCAGAACAAAUUCCAGUGUUGCUAAACAUAAGAGAAUAUAUACUGAAGAGAAACUUCAUGAGUGUCAUGAAUGUGGUAAAGUUUUCAGUGUACACUUUUCCCUUAUUAAACACCAGACCAUCCACAGUGGAGAAAAAUCUUAUGAAUGUAAAAAGAUUUUCAGAGACAGAUCCACUCUUAAUAAACAUCAGAGAAUUCACAUGGGAGAAAAAUAUUAUGAAUGUAGUGAAUGUAGAAGAACUUUCAGAGACAGAUCCAAUCUCUAUAAACAUCAGAGAAUCCACACUGGAAAGAAACCUUAUGAAUGUAAUGAAUGUGGAAAGGCUUUCACCCAGAGGGGCAAUCUUGCUGUACAUGAGAGGAUCCACACUGGAGAGAAACCUUAUGAAUGUAACCAGUGUGGAAAGGCUUUCACAUGCAGCUCUAGUCUUGCUGUACAUAAAAGAAUCCAUACUGGAGAGAAACCAUAUGAGUGUCUUGAAUGUGGUAAAGUCUUUCGGGAAUCCUCUUUUCUUAAUGUACAUCAGAGAAUCCACACUGAGGAGAAACCUUACAAGUGUAAUCAAUGUGGAAAAGCUUAUAGACGCAGGUACAGUCUUACUCUCCAUCUGGCAAUCCACACUGGAGAGAAACCUUAUGAAUGCGAUCAGUGUGGAAAGGCUUUUAUACGGAGGGCUCAUCUUACUGGACAUCAGAAAAUCCACACUGGAGAGAAACCUUAUGAGUGUCUUGAAUGUGGAAAGACUUUCAGUUGCAGCUCCUAUCUUGCUAUACAUCAGAGAAUCCACACUGGAGAGAAACCUUUUGAAUGUAAUCAGUGUGGAAAGGCUUUCAGAUGUAGCUCCAGUCUUGUUGAACAUCAGAGAAUCCACACUGGAGAGAAACUUUACAAAUGUAAACAAUGUGGAAAGGCUUUCAGGUGUAGCUCCACUCUUGCUGAACAUCAGAGAAUCCACACUGGAGAAAAACCUUAUAAAUGUAAUCAGUGUGGAAAGGCUUUUAGAUGCUUCUCCAGCCUUGCUGUACAUAAUAGAAUCCACACUGGAGAAAAACCUUUCGAAUGUAAUCAAUGUGGAAAGACUUUCAGAUGCCGCUCCAGUCUUGUUGAACAUCAGAAAAUCCACACUGGAGAGAAACUUUAUGAAUGUAAUCAGUGUGGAAAAUCUUUCAAAUGCUGCUCCAGUCCUGCCGCACAUCAGAGAAUCCACACUGGAGAGAAACCUUAUGAAUGUAAACAGUGUGGAAAGGCUUUCACAUACCGCUCCACUCUUCAUAAACAUCAGAGCAUACACAGUGGAGAAAAACCACAAUGA